UCACCCACAAGGCGUGCCGCGGGCACUCAAUCAAAGCGGAAGGCGGAGGAAAAGCCAGCUAGUGAAGCCAGAGCAAAACGCCUAAAGAAAUUCUACAACAACGAUUAUCGAGAACUUCUGAACAUUGAGAUACACGAUGCAGUUGCAAGAACCGUCCUUGCUGAUUACACACCUCUCCCGGAAAGUCAGAUUGGGUCGUCAAUAUGGACCUCGGAAGAGAAGGAUAUUUUUUUCUCGGCAUUGUCCAGGUUGGGCAGGAAUGAUGUCCGAGGGAUUGCACUUCGAAUCGGGAGUAAAUCGGAACUUGAAGUACAGGAGUAUAUCCAAGUUCUGCACCAAGGGAUGAAGGAGAAAGACGAUAUACGCAAGAAUCCCCUCAGCUACGCGGAUCUUCCAGCUGCCUUUGAAAUCAGUGGCGAAUGCUGUGGCUUGCUGGAAAGAGCUGGAGAGGCUCUUGCAUCCCGGCAGGAAUGUUCAGAAGAGAAGAAAGAAAAGAAUAAAUGGGGCAAUUCCUGGCUGCUUACUACCUAUCUCAGUAGAGAGAUAGAGCACCAAAGGAAGGAGAAUGGUGAAGAAAGCAUAGAGGAAACCCUCCCUGCAGCAAACCUACUCAAUCUCAAAAACUGGCUUGAAUUGUCUCAUAGAAUCUUCAUGAAUCCUGGUGAGCCUCGGGAAGAAGAUAACUGGCAGGCUUUGGCUGAGCCAGGUGAGACACCAGCUAUUCGAGCUACGGCAUUUGGGGAUUUCCAUUCUCUUGCGGUGAGCAUUACGAAACGACUUAUAUCAACCACACUCUUCUGCACUAUGUCCAGGCAACGAGCUACAAGUUCGAGGAAGUUCAAACGCGCCGAGGUCAAUACAGACGACGUGGAAGCGGCUGUGAAAAUCUUGGGCCUGAAGAGCGACAGUCACGAGUUCUGGGUUGGGUGCGCCAGAAGAUCCCAUCUGAACGUGUUUGACGACGGCGAGAACUCUGGUGAUGAGGCUGAUAUGACAUAUGACGAGGUGGAAAAUGCGUUGCGACAAGAAAUCCCCAGGCGCUCUCGAUCUCGGUCAUUGAGCCGCCCCCGCAGGCUUUCCAGGGCGUCUGUCAGUAGCGUUGACAUCGGAACGACUAGAGAUGAUUCAACAGACUCGCAAUCAGAAGGUCUCGAGACCGAUCAUGCUCCUCUGCCCAGCCAGGAAUCUGAUGUGAUGAGCAAUUUCAGCCUGGAAGAUGAAGAGUUCAUGGACUUAUCAGAUGACGAAAUCAUACCUCACAAUCCACGCUUGAAAGAGGCGAGGGAACGAAAAAUAGAAGAGAUAAAGGAGUUUAUGCGUGCUCAAGAGGUAUAUGAGGAAGCAUUCGAUGAGCAGGCAGAUCAGAUGGAAGAGCAACGAUUACGGAAGUUACUUGGGCAGACAACGCCUUUUGAUGUCAAACCCGAACCUCUAGAGGUACCGGCUCGACCUAAGCAUAGCAGAAAUCAGAUCGAGGAGGUAGAUUGGAAAGAUUCUGUUGAGUAUUGGAGUCCAUGGGAG